AUGCACUUCCUUCAGGCUCUCGCAGUUCUCAGCGGCGCGCUGAUCAGCAGCUGCAAUGCUCAGAUCGGCCCCCAGCUUGCCCCUCGCGAUAGCUGGGGAGGCGCUGUCAGUCUUGGGCCAACCACUUCGACCAUCAAGAAGGCGGUGACGACUAUUAUUCCGGGCGCUGCACCACCGACGCAGAACGGAGUCCUCUUUCUCUGGCCUGGUAUGUCCAACGGAACUGGUGAUCUUGUUCAGACAACGCUUGAGUCUUGGCCUGACAACAGCUGGUGUGGUGCCACGUCUGGUCAGUGGUGCGUUCGAGCCUCGCUUUUUGGCUGGUUCGGGCAGCUGGAUGGCCCAGCUAGCCCCGUGAGCGCCAACCAGAAGGUCAAGAUUGUCUAUACCCUUCAAAGCGACAAUGACACCUGGAAGCAAGAUGUUACUGAUGCUGAUACUGGCGCUGUUUUGAGCACCUUCUCCUACAAGUCUGGUCCUUAUAUGCGCGGAUAUGGCACUGGAACUGAGUGUAACGACGGCUGCUCUGGAACCAUCGCGGAACAGCGUUAUAUCAAUACCGAGAUCACCCUGGCUGGCGGAGAUAAGAACUUUGGCAAGACAAUCGCAACGUCUCAAGGUGCUACCUACUCAGGACUGGCGAGCAAUAGCGACGGAUCGGUGUGGACAAUUUCUGAGAUUCGUAUCCCGAAGAUGGUUUAA